AUGCCUUCCGUGGCGGAGAACAUGGCCCUCAUCGUUGGCGGUGCUGUGGCUGGCACAGCUUUGACCAGCGCCUUCGUGGCCCCAGGACCUGUGGCAGAGCCCAAGACCAACCUGCGCGCAGCAGGCUAUGCCAAGACUUCCCAGUCUUCUCAAUCCAUGGGAGCCAUGGCCGGAGUGGGAGCCGUGGCUGGCCUUGUGGCAGCCGGUGCAGUCGGCAAGCGUGCAGGAAGGAACCGUACCUCCAUGCAGGCUGUGGGUGUGGGAAUCAACGGCUUCGGCCGCAUUGGUCGCCAGGUGGCCCGCAUUGCCAUGAAGGAUCCUGAGGUGGAGCUGAAGCUCAUCAACGCCAGCUACGACUCGGAUUAUUUGGCUUACAUGAUGAAGUAUGCUCCUUGCUUUCUUCUGGAAAGCUUUUGUGCGUUCUUGGCCAAGAUGCCCUCGGACAAAUCGUUGUAG